AUGGUAAUUUACCGGCAGGCUAAGGAUUCGAUGGAUCGUGCCAUAAAUUUUAUGCAAAAUUUCGACCCGGAUACGCAAGUUGAGCAAGCCUUAGCUCGAAAAAAUGCUCUUGAGAGCAAUUAUAAGAAAUUUUGUCAAGCCUCAUUGAAUCUUGAGAGCCUUGAGGAGGAGGAAAAUACUGGGACAGAUUUCGCGAAGGAUAUGGCUGCUUUUGAGGAGGAUUACUUCACGCUUAAAGCGUUUUACGCAUCGCUAGAGGUACCCCCCCGCACGCCCGCACCAUCCUUAAGUUCAUCGGGUCAUUCUUUUCGGGCCCUGAAGUUGCCGGAUAUCAAACUGCCGGAAUUCAGUGGCAGUAUUUUACGGUGGUUUUCGUACUACGACACGUUCGACUCGUUAGUACAUAACAACGCAGAGUUAUCAGAUGUGCAGAAGUUUCACUACCUCAAGUCGACUCUUCGAGGAGAGGCAUUGAAACUUGUUGAGAAAAUGUCUGUCACGGGUAACAACUAUUCGGUGGCGCUGAAAAUGUUGACUGAUCGGUACCAGAACUUGAACAUCCUGGUACGUAGUCACAUUGAGGCGUUGUUCAAAGUGGAAAAGGUGCGCAAGGAAUGUCCUCGGGAAUUAACAAGUUUGGUCGGCGACUUCGAGAACAACUUAGGAGUUUUGGAGAAGCUGGGCGAGAACACGAAAGGCUGGAGUUCACUUCUGGUGCACAUGGUGUCAGCGCGGCUGGAUCACAACACGCUUCGCGAGUGGCAACGAGCAGCGGAUAAAAAAAAGAUGCCAACCUACGACGAGCUGAUCAAUUUUAUCCGUGAGUACGUGAUGGAGCUAGAGACGUUGCAGUCCGAUCGACCAGUGCGUGACUCCAGACCCAAUCUCCAGAGCGUGAAUGCUGCUACCGAGGUCAAAUCCAACGACAACUGUGCGGCGUGCGGGAAGGGACAUCGUUUGUAUUUCUGCGAGCAGUUCAAACACAUGCCGGUUACUCAACGUGCUGCGAUCGUGAAAAAAUCUGGAUUGUGUGUCAACUGCCUCUUUGGAAAGCAUUCGUUCGCUACCUGCAAGUACGGAGCCUGCCGAGUAUGCGGAACCAAGCAUCACACGCUACUACACAAUCCAGAUGUGGAUAAAGCAAGAGGAUCCGGCACAAAUCAAGUUCCGAAGCAGCCUUCCGUUUCCAAUUUCGCUGGUGUCGAUAGUUCGCUUCCUGUUCCUCUCAGCCUCUCCGCCAAUACGCACUCGGGGACCAAACGUCUCGACCUCUCCCCUUCGAACCAAGUAUUUCUCGCCACUGCUGUUGUCAAAGUCCUCGGUCCUAAGGGUACUUCGUUCCUCGCUCGAGUUCUGCUUGAUAGCGCUUCGCAGCCAAAUCUCAUGACUGAAAGGUUUCGUCGUCUUCUGAAUUCGCGGAAAACUCCUGGUAACACAGAGAUCGCUGGCAUUGGUGGAAAUAUUUCUGCAUUUUCGCUGUUUUCGACUGUCGCUACGGUUGCCUCACGGUUCAACAACUUCCGAGUUCCGCUGGAGUUUAUUGUGAUGGAUAAGGUGACCAGCGAUCUUCCAACUUGCACCAUCGAUGUUAACGAUUGGGCCAUUCCGGAGAAUAUUCGUCUCGCCGAUCCAUCGUUUGCUACGCGUGGUCCCAUCGAUAUGGUGAUUGGUGCACGCGUUUUCUUCGAGCUCUUGCGAAGCGGUCACUCCAAACUUGGCAACGGAAAACCGAUGCUCCAGAAUUCGGUGUUUGGUUGGCUCGUAUCCGGUUUUCACGACAGUGGUUCCAAUGCUGAUGAAGUUCGGGUCCAUUGUAACCUGUCGACGUUCCACGAUCUUGAGCAGAGCGUUAGCAGAUUUUGGGAGCUUGAAAUGUGCCAGACAAAUUCUACGUUGUCAGUUGAGGAGCGCCUUUGUGAGAACCACUUCGAAUCAACAACUCGCAGGGAUGAUUCCGGACGUUACAUCGUUAGCCUACCCAAAAAACCGGAACUUAUUGGUCAGCUGGGAAAUUCGCGUGCUAUCGCCACUCGUCGAUUCUACUGCCUCGAAAAACGUCUUGAGCAGAAUUCCGAUCUCAAGGCACAAUAUUCCUCGUUCAUGUCCGAAUAUCUUGCGCUUGGACAUAUGGAAUUGGUUGAUGCUGUCGAGGAUGCUCCGGGUCGCCAUUUCUAUUUGCCACAUCAUGCUGUUUUUAAGCCGGACAGUUCUUCUACGAAGCUGCGAGUAGUGUUCGACGGUUCCUGCAAAACCACUUCGGGUUUUAGCCUCAACGACGUGCUGCUGAAGGGUCCAACUGUUCAGGAUGACAUGAUUUCGAUCAUUCUACGGUUUCGGAUGCAUCCUGUUGUCGUAACAGCUGACGUGACGAAAAUGUACCGCCAAAUCUGGGUAGCAGAGGAAGAUCGGGCUUAUCAGCGGAUUCUCUGGCGUGAAUCUUCUUCGGAACCACUUCGUACGUACGAGCUCACGACGGUCACCUAUGGCACCACCACCGCACCGUACCUGGCAACACGAUGUCUGCAGCAAAUAGCCGACGAUGAAGCCCAGAAUUUUCCGAAAGCAGUUCCCGUAGUCAAACAAGGUUUCUACGUUGACGACGUUAUGCGUGGGUUCGAUACAGUGGAGGAAGCAGUCACAGAAGUAGUUGAGCAGUUUCCAGCAGAGCUUCGAGAACAGGCCUCCGUUUUGGAACUUGAUCGUUCGUCUCCAAUCAAAGCACUCGGCUUAUUUUGGAAGCUUACCUCCGAUGAGCUUCUGUUCAAAGUUCCUGAAUGGCCAGACGUCCCUUCGACCAAGCGAAAUAUCCUGUCGCAUAUCUGCAGCUUGUUCGAUCCGCUUGGGUUAGUUGGUCCGGUGAUUGUUCGUGCGAAAAUGCUGAUCCAGCUCCUUUGGGAAAUGCAGUUAGGCUGGGAUGAUCCGGUUCCCACAAGUAUUUCCGACCAGUGGAUGGAGAUAUCAUCGCAGCUCCUGAUUUUGUCGCAGCUUUCGAUUCCUCGCUUCGUGUUGACGAAGAAGCUAGCCACUUUAGAGCUUCAUAGGUUUGCUGAUGCUUCGCUGCGUGCAUACGGUGCCUGCAUCAACCUUCGUUCGAUAUCCGCAUCGGGUGCAGUCACUGUUCGCCUGAUGACAGCAAAAUCCAGGGUUGCCCCAACUGAGAAGCGGAGACCUACCCUCGCACGUCUGGAGUUGUGUGCUAGUCUUCGUUUGGCUAAUCUACAGAAUCAACUGCUGGAGAGCCUUCAACUCCAAUGUCCCCGGUUUCUGUGGUCAGAUUCUACAAUUACACUGCACUGGAUUUCGCGUGAUCCAUCGAAUUGGAAUUCCUUCGUCGCCAAUCGGGUUUCGCAGAUUCAGCAGUUAACUGAGACCGCUACGUGGCUGCAUGUGCCUACUGAAGACAAUCCGGCUGACCACAUUUCGCGUGGUUUGACUCCAGAAUCCAUCGUUGGCAAUGAAUUGUGGUGGAAUGGUCCAAAAUGGCUGCUUCGUCCUCCUCAACAUUGGCCUGCGUCCGCGUAUUCCUGGAAAACCCAGCCGCCGCCAGAAGUAGACACCGAGAAAAGGAAAUCCGUUCCUAUUUCCGCAGUUUGCACUCACCAAGAGUCCUGGACCCGAGAAACGUUGGGCUAUUUUGAUAGCUACUAUCGCCUACUUCGAAUCAUCGCCCUUUGCAAGCGUUUCAUGAAUAACUGUAAGUUAUUGGAACAUGCACGCACCGUAGGAUUUCUGGUACCUUCCGAGAUUCGUUCGGCAGAGUUGUCACUUCUGCAAUGCGUGCAGCUCGAAGAGUUUGCUGAAGAUCACAAACGUUUACGGCAAGGAUCGACCGUUUCGCAGAAAUCUCCGUUGCUGAAACUUCGCCCGUUCAUGGACCAAAAUGAACAGUUGAUUCGUGUGGGAGGUCGCCUCAAAAACGCUCCAAUUCCAUUCGACCGAAAAUAUCCGUUUCUCAUUCCGAAGAAGCAUUUCAUCACGGAUCUUAUCUUCCUCGACGCCCAUGAAGAAACGCUUCACGCAGGACCUUCUCAUCUAUUGGCAGCGGUUCGUCGUCGUUACUGGCCAAUAGAUGGUCCAAAUAAAGCCCGUAAUACAGUCCACCAAUGCAUCGUCUGUUUCCGCAACAAACCGAGAUUCGCUCAGCAAGUUAUGGCACAUCUUCCUGCUGUACGUGUUACACCAUCGCUUCCAUUCGCCAGUACCGGAGUCGAUUUCAUGGGUCCAGUGUACUUGAAACCUCCUCGCAAACAGGGCCCAAUCAAAUCCUAUAUUUGCGUCUUCGUUUGCAUGGUUACCAAGGCCGCACAUCUCGAACUGGUAAUGAGCCUCACAUCCGACGCUUUCAUCGCAGCGCUGAAACGGUUCUGCUCCCGGAGACGACGUCCAUCAGAUAUUUACUGCGACAACGCCACGAAUUUUGUCGGCGCAAAGAACCAGCUGGAAGAACUUCGUGUUCUCUUCCUGUCGCAACGGCAUCAGUCCGAGAUUGCCAGAACAACAGCCCGAAUGGGAAUCGCUUUCCAUUUCAUCCCACCACGCUCACCCACCUUUGGAGGGUUGUGGGAAGCUUGCGUCAAGUCCGUGAAACAUCACCUACAUCGCGUGACUCUUGAUGUCCUUCAGACGCAAGAGGAAAUGACCACUACGGUCGCACAAAUCGAAGCGUGCCUCAACUCCCGGCCGCUUAGUCCCCGUUCCAACGAUCCCACAGACCUCGAGGCCCUAACUCCAGGCCAUUUCCUAAUCGGUGGUCCAAUCCUAGCUCUUCCCGAACCAAACCUUACCUCGUUACCCUCCAAUCACCUGUCCCGCUGGCAAGACCAACAGCGUGUUCUCCAAACGCUUUGGGAUCGCUGGUACGUAGAAUACUUGCCCACUCUACAGCGUCUCCAAAAAUGGCCCGGUAAACACCCGAAUCUAGCCGUCGGUGACAUGGUUCUGGUCGAAGACAACAACUUGCCUCCUACGAAAUGGCCCAUCGCUCGAGUCCUGAAGACGAUUGUUGGCGACGAUGCGUGUGGCAGAGUUGCAGACGUGCUGUGUGAUGGAAACCAAAUCCGCCGUUGCUCAAUCCGCAAAAUGUGCCCGCUCCCACAUUGCGAAGCCUCCACAGUCACGGAAUCCGAGCGUCAGCCUUCCGCUCCGAGCUGCACUCCCCAACCAUCUCCCACAAUUGAUCUUCAGGCUCCAUCCACACUUCCGGCCGCUGCUCAACUUUUGGCUCCGAACAGCGAGAUUGGUUCCGACGACGACAACGACGAGUAA